AUGUUGUUCUCCAGCGUUAUUCUUGGCCUCGCGGCGACAGUAUCAGCCGUCGACAUCCGCUUCUACAGCAACAACCAAGGAGCUUGCUACUCCGGUCCGUGGAUCGGCUGCCCCAACGCAAACCCCAACUUCUGCUGCACGGCGACCGGUCAAUUCUACGCCACUGUCGGCAUCGUCGCCGUACCCAGUGACUGGACACUCACGGCCAAUGGGUACAGAGGUGCUGGGUGCGAGAGCUGGCAGCAGGCGGCGAUAGGCCGCGGUCGUGAUUUCUGUCUUGGCGCCACCGGUUAUAGCAUGAGCGGAGCGUUCUACUGGUUCGGCGAUGGAAGAAAGAGAUCUACCGACCAGAAGUGCGAGGGUACAGAGAAGGCGACCCAGCUUGGUCUUGAAGAUGGAAGCGUGUACGACAUCAGCGACUUGUCUGACAAUGACGUGGAAGAAAUGUAA